AUGCGAGAGCGGCGCAGGAGAGAAAGAAUAAGUGAGUCACUGAAGCGGUUGAGAAUGACUGUGCCUUUGGACCUGCUGGGUCCGCACCAAGACCUGGGAUCCAUGAUAGAAGGAGCCGUCAACUACAUUCAAGUCAUGCAGAUGCGACUGUCAGAGCUGCAGCAGCGAGUGCUGGAGGGGGAGAUCAGAGCACGCCUCAACAGGUAG